AUGAAAAUUCUUGACCGCCGUAUAACUUGCCAUAAACCCUCAAAGGCAAACUGUAAGCCAAGAAUAAAUGCCCGAUAGUUUUAUUUUUCAGCAUUUGGAACCUAACGUGUAAUCUAGGACAUUUCUUCAGCAUAGUUAGCAAACAUACAACAAAUGCAUCUUGUUGUACAGGGGCAUAUCCAGCCCAUAGAACUUAAGACCCGGGUGUUGGGGAAGCUAAAAAGCUUAUAGCUUAAAGCCUUGUUGGUAAGGUAAAAACGUACUGGUCAUGCGUGCAAUUUUCAGUCAGUGGAAAUGAAAGUCAGCCAGGCCUACAAAUAGACGAAAAGCUGGCUCUCGCCCCUGUAAGACAACCAAGACUACUGUUAAGUUUUCUAACACGUGAAUUCAUUUUCCAGAGCCUCCUUGUGACGUAACGGUCGUACCUGCUACUAUAUAAAUGACCCCUGUCCACCUGGAACUAAUGAUUGCUCCAGUCAGUACAGUUGUCCAGUACAAACCAACAAAUGCUGCUGCCCUGGUACGGUCAAUAUCACUAUUAUCUACUGUCAAAUAUUGGGUAUUAACCAAUUAUCAGGCCAACUGUCACUAUAAAGAUUACUGCUAGGAUGCUCAAUAUUGUUUUCCUUUUAGUGUUGUUCAGUGUUCUUGCAAAGUUAUUGACUGGAGAAAAUUAUGGAGGCUUCGUGCUGCGUGUGCUCCGAAUGAGAUUAAGUUCAACGAACUGCCGUGAGACUAGCAGCCAUUUUGGCAAGGUGUAAUGUAGUAGUAAUUUUAAUUAGUUCCUUUUCUGUUACAGGCUGCCCACUGGACUGGGUUGAAAAGGGAUCCAAUUGCUAUCGAGCCAUUCCAAAUCUCCAAAAAGCCAUUGAUGCUCGAAACGAGUGCAAAAAAUUGGGAGCUGACCUUCCUGUCAUCAAAUCAACCGAAGAAAACACCUUCCUUUUAAAGCUGACAGAGGAUCGAGGUGGAACUUGGCUUGGAAUGUACGCUGAGAAUUGA